AUGGAGGCGAAAGCCAGGGACCAUGAGACCAAGAUUAGCAAAUCCUCUGGCAAGGAUGCAUUGCAGCACGCCAUCACCGCAGCCGAGCUGUAUAUGAAAGCUGUCAAGGAGGCUACAGACGCUUCUGACCGGGCCCGUCUCAAGGCAAAGUGCGAAGAGGUCAUUGCCCGAGCCGAAAAGCUGAAGUCACCACCGCCAAAGCCUCCCUCCACUCCCAGAGUAACCCGUGAGCUGCCCACAGGCGAGAAGGCGAUCUUGCUUCGUUCGUCGCGCCUGCACGGCAAUGUAUUCCCGCCGUGGGAGGCCGAGCCAGAGACCGACCAGUUUGCGACAUCUCCUGAGGAUGGGGCCCUUUUCGAAGAUGCCUCUUUGCUUUCCUUCUCGGGAAAGCAACUAGAGACUUUUGCUGGAUGGAAACGACCCAGCGAACUCUUCCCGGGCCCAUCACGGCCUGCCAACGAGAAUGCCUCACUGGUGGCAGCCGAUGGCGACUGUGACUUGGUACAGGAUAUCACGACAGAUUGUUCAGUGGUCGCAAGUCUGUGUGCUGUGAUGAAGCAUCUGAGGCCGAAGAGCACAUCACUCUCGCUCUUGUCCAACAUCAUGUUCCCCUUUGACCACAACAGUGAAACUCCGGCGAUAUCCCCCAAUGGCAAAUACAUAUUCCGUAUGCAUUUCAAUGGCUGCUUCCGUCGGGUUAUCAUCGAUGACCGACUCCCCUCCUCCAAGACCUCAAGAACCCUCUUUGUCGUGGAUAGACGCAAUCCACGACUCAUUUGGCCCGCGCUUUUAGAAAAGGCCUAUCUAAAGAUCAGGGGCGGGUACGACUUCCCAGGGAGCAACUCGGGCACCGAUCUCUGGGUCUUGACAGGCUGGAUACCCGAGCAGAUCUUCCUGCAGAGUGACGAUAUUGAGCUGGAUCAGACGUGGAACAGGAUAAAAAAGGCAUACGACUUCAACGAUGUCGUAGUCACGCUGGGGACUGGCAGGCUGUCGCCAGAGGAGGAAGAGACUCUUGGGCUCGCCGGCGAGCACGACUACGCCGUAUUGGACCUGGCCAUCGAAAACGGUGUCCGUCGCAUGCUCCUGAAGAAUCCUUGGUGUGAGGGCCUCACGUGGACGGGUGUGGGCUCGUCGUCCACCGUCCAAGUGCAGCAAAAGGCGUCGAGGCAACAAGACAAGCCUUCUAUUGCUCCCUCCGAGGAAGAGAUGACUGGCACCUUUUGGAUCUCCCUUGAGGACGUUGUACAGAAUUUCGAAUCGCUUUACCUCAACUGGAACCCUUCUCUCUUCACUCGCCGCCAAGAUCAUCACUUUGUCUGGGACAUCCCUCCCAAAUCUCUUGCCCUCUCCUUCGCCCGCAACCCGCAGUACUCGAUGCGUGCCUCUGCCGACGGACCGGUCUGGAUUCUGCUCUCGCGCCACUUCCAAGACGAGGAGCUUGCCAUCGCCCGCAACCGCUCCGCUACGCUCGCUGAAGUCUCCAACUCGCUGGGGUUCAUGUCUCUUUAUGUAUUCGACGCUGCUUCGGGUGGCCGCGUCCAGCUGUCGGACCGCCCACGCCGAGCCCUACACCACUCGCACUUUGUCGACAGCCCCCAGACCUUGCUGCGCAUCGAGGCUCGCAGGGACAAGGUCUACACCAUCGCAGCAGCGCAGUCGGGCCUGCCUCUGCCUAGAUACUCCUUCACCCUCUCUUUUUUCUCCCGCUGCGACCUCACUGUCGAAAAGGCCUGCGACGAGCUAGCGCACUACCAGGAGCACACAGGCUCCUGGACCCGCCGGACCGCAGGCGGUAACCCGGCCGUCGCCUCCUACCUGCACAACCCGCAGCUCGCCAUCACCCUGCCCCGCCCCUCCCGCGUGUCUCUCCUCCUCUGCACCGAUGCCGCCGACAUCCCAGUGCACGUCGACCUCGUCUGGGCCCAGGGCCAGCGCGUCACGGCCCUCGCGGCCCGCGACGUGGCCCUCAGCUCGGGCGAGUACCGCCGCGGGUGCUGCCUCGCCGAAACGCCUCAGUCGUCGUUGGUCUCCAUCCUAAACGCCGGCACCUACACCGCCGUCCUGUCCACCUUUGAGCCGGGCAUGCUGGCCGACUACACGCUGCGCAUCGGCUCCGACGAGCCCCUGACCGUGGCGCCCGUGCCCGCCGACGGAGCCGGCCGCCUCCGCGCGCAGCUCCCGCCCGUCGUGCUCCGCGGCGAGCGCCAGCACCAGCGGCGCCGCGCCCGCCUGUCCGUCACCCGCCUGACGCGCGUGAGCGUCGUCGCGCGCUCGGGCCUGCUCACCGCUACCGCCCCAGACGCCGUGGGCGCGGCUGCUCCGGCGUCGAGGCGGCCGUGGUCGUCGUCGUACACGGCCGGCCGUGGUCGCGGCGGCGCGCCCUGCGCGGUGCGCAUAUCGCUGGAGCGCGGGACCGGCCCGCACCGGCACGUGCUGGCCGCCAGCGGGGACGGCGAGAUGCGCGACGCCGCGAUGGGCCUGCGGGCGGGCGACGUCGACUUUGACGCCGCCAUGGGCGAUGGCAGCGGCGGCGGCGGUCUCUGGCUCGUGGUGGAGCAGAUGGGAGCGCACGCCGAGGGAUACGGUCUGCAGGUCGACGUGUUGAGCGACCAGCACGUGGAGGUUGGGCCGUGGGAGAGCUGGGAAGAGUGA